AUGGAGGACGGGUCGACGAUAUCAAAGGCGAAAGAUCUGGACGGAUGGAUUGAGAAACUUUACGAAUGUAAGCAGCUCGACGAAUCCCAAGUCAAAGAACUAUGCGACAAGGCAAAGGAAAUCCUCACCCAUGAAGGGAACGUCCAGGAAGUUCGAUGCCCAGUGACUGUCUGUGGCGAUGUUCACGGUCAAUUCCACGAUCUCAUGGAAUUAUUCCGAAUCGGUGGCAAAGCUCCCGACACCAACUACCUCUUCAUGGGCGAUUACGUCGAUCGUGGCUACUACUCCGUCGAGACCGUCACCCUCCUCGUCGCGCUCAAAGUUCGAUAUCCCCAUCGAGUCACCAUCCUCCGAGGCAACCACGAAUCCAGGCAGAUUACACAAGUAUACGGCUUCUAUGACGAAUGCCUCCGAAAAUAUGGUAACGCCAAUGUCUGGCGCUACUACACCGAUUUGUUCGACUUCUUGCCAUUGACGGCGAUCGUCGAUAAUCAGAUUUUCGCUCUCCACGGCGGUCUAUCGCCUUCGAUUGAUACCUUGGAUCACAUCCGCGCUCUUGACAGACUUCAGGAGGUACCACACGAGGGACCAAUGUGCGACCUUCUCUGGUCCGAUCCAGAUGAUCGUGGCGGAUGGGGAAUCUCGCCUCGUGGCGCUGGAUACACUUUUGGACAGGACAUAUCUGAGACCUUCAAUCACACAAACGGGCUGACCCUCAUAUCGCGCGCUCACCAGCUGGUGAUGGAGGGAUACAACUGGUGCCACGAACGAAACGUCGUCACCAUCUUCUCGGCGCCAAAUUAUUGUUACAGAUGCGGAAAUCAGGCGGCGAUUAUGGAGCUGGACGACAACCUUCGCUAUUCAUUCUUGCAGUUUGAUCCAGCCCCGCGCCGUGGCGAGCCGCACGUGACGCGCAGAACACCAGACUAUUUCCUGUAA